GCUACCGCGCCCAUUUCCUGCGGAUGAGCGCGCGCGCAGCGUCCGUUGGAACCACGACGGCGUCGGCGGCGUUUGGUUGAACAUUACCGUCGUUUUAAAUUUGCUUAAUUAACGGAAUUAAAAUAAAGUAUAAUCAUCGUCUCUCGUUCGUUUGGUGUUGGUUAUUCUAGUGGCGACGUCGUUGUUAGACGGGUUUUUUUUUAUUUUAUUUUGAUAUAUUUUUUCCCCGUUUAAGAUUGUUUUGAAAGGAGAGUGGGGUUGUAGGCGUGAAGUAGGGAAGUUUUCUCGUCAGAUUGAUUGCGUUAAACAUUUAGACAAACGUUCAUAUCCAAUUGUAACACAAAAAAUAGCCCCGUAAAAUCGUGACAUUGUAAUAAGACAAAUAAUAAAAUAACUCCGCUGAGGCAGAGCCAGCCGGCAUUGGAAAAGCCCCAACAUCAGCCUCCGCCGUCAGCGCGGCGGUCGGUGGCUUUGCGAGCCCGAGCCUCUGCCCGCCGUGUCUGUGAAGCGGGCCUUGGCCCAGCAGUCUAUUCACGGUUGGCUGAUCUGCGCAGAGCGAGCGAGAGUGCAAACAAACGUCUGCGAAACCGGCUUGUGUGAGGUGACGGCCUUUGGGGGACAAGUGAGCAAGGAGCCGUCGAGCGAACGGGCGUAAGAGAGGCGUAAGACUGAGAGGGAAAACAUGAGCGAGUUGGAGCAGUUACGACAGGAGGCCGACCAGCUGAAAAACCAGAUCCGGGAUGCACGCAAGGCCUGCAAAGAUGCUACCCUAUUGCAGGUGACAUCAAAUCUUGACUCGGUGGGGCGCAUCCAGAUGCGAACACGCCGGACCCUUAGGGGUCACCUGGCUAAGAUCUAUGCCAUGCACUGGGGUACAGACUCCCGGCUGUUGGUCAGUGCUUCUCAAGAUGGAAAACUAAUAAUCUGGGACAGCUAUACCACCAACAAGGUGCACGCAAUUCCCCUGCGCUCGUCCUGGGUGAUGACAUGCGCGUACGCGCCCUCCGGCAGCUACGUGGCGUGCGGCGGCCUCGACAACAUCUGCUCCAUCUACAACCUCAAGACUCGUGAGGGGAACGUGAGGGUUAGUCGCGAAUUGCCCGGCCACACAGGAUACUUGUCCUGCUGCCGUUUCCUGGAUGACAAUCAAAUCAUCACCAGCUCUGGGGACACAACCUGCGCUCUGUGGGACAUUGAGACGGCGCAACAGACGACCACAUUCACUGGGCACACGGGUGACGUCAUGAGCCUGUCACUGGCGCCCGACUCGCGCACCUUUGUGUCGGGCGCGUGCGACGCCUCGGCCAAGCUGUGGGACGUACGCGAUGGCAUGUGUCGCCAGACCUUCACAGGCCACGAGUCCGACAUCAACGCAGUCUGCUUCUUCCCGAACGGCAACGCGUUUGCGACAGGUUCAGAUGACGCCACGUGCCGGCUCUUUGACCUGCGCGCCGACCAGGAGCUCAUGCUGUACUCGCACGACAACAUCAUCUGCGGCAUCACCUCCGUGGCCUUCUCGAAGAGCGGCCGCCUGCUGCUCGCCGGCUACGACGACUUCAACUGCAACGUGUGGGACACCCUGAAGGGGGAGCGCGCCGGUACGUGCGAGCCAGGGGCCGCUCUGCUCGCAGGCGUCCUCGCGGGGCACGACAACCGCGUGAGCUGCCUGGGUGUGACAGACGACGGCAUGGCUGUCGCCACCGGCUCCUGGGACAGCUUCCUCAAGAUCUGGAAUUAGUGCAGCGGCGGCGGCGGCAGCAGCAGCAGCAAGGAGGCCGGGCCGGGCCCAACCACGCUACCAUUGGAGAAGGGGAGGGCAGGGCAAAACCACUUGGCCAUGAGGGGCCAGGACGAGGGGGGGGUGGGCGGGGGAGGUGGGGAGUGAGGAAGCUGGGGUUGUGGUACAUGGGCGGGUGGGAUAGGGGUGGGCAAAAUGCCUCUGUAGCAGAGCAGAGGAAGGACGUGGAAGCAAAAUAAAAAAAAUAAUGCGUGCAGGAGGUGGGUGGGCCGGGUGUGCUUGUGGGAGUGUGGCAGAAAGGGUGACGGCUUGCAGGGGUCAUAGCACAACAGCACCCGCACGGAGGCAUGCGAGGGGUGGAGGGUUACUUGACGGGUGUGAUAAUGAAACAAACAAAAAAAAGAUCAUGGUCAAAAAAAAGUGUUGCGUUGUCUGCCAGCUCACAAGUAAUGUGCCGUAGAAAUUGAAAAGGCACGUGUUGGGCGCGAUUGCAGUGGUUAACUGGUCCGAUUUAACUCUUGCGACAAACAAGCAUGACGUCUGCCGUUCAGUUAAAAUCAACAUCCUCCAGUAAGAGUAAAAAAAAACCUCUUUCUACAAUGUUAUUUUUUUCUGAUGAUAUUUUGCACCGGUAGGUGACCGACUUAGCUUUAUGUAUGGCAUGUGCAGGAUUCGUAUUCUUUGGCUUUUUUCUGGUCAAAUACUGUUCCCCCACCGAUCCAGUCUUCAAAUUUGUUAUUAACGUUGCCAGAGUAGCGCCGACAGCUGUGGUGAUGCCCCUCGUGAGCCCCAUUGCCUCUUGACUAACAUUUAUACAGUCAUCCAACAUUGUUAUCUGCAGAUAUUCUUUAAAGUAAUGGGUAAUAUUGACAAUGUUUGCUGCCUUGAGCAUUUUAAAUCACAGUAUAUUUUGUCCCCACCUUACACGUUCCUCUUCAAGUGCAGUAUUUUUAGAGAGAGAAAACGAGCCUCCACGCUGCAUAUUUCUCAUCAAUACUGUUCACGGGCACAAAGCUUAAAAGCUAUAUAAUGUUUUGUUUUCUCCUGUUCGGCCAGUGUUGUGUGUUUGAGCCAAUUAUGAGCGCACUGCACCUCUGAUGUCGCACGGCCGUUUCACAAAAUUAAGUCGGUCUUUCUGUUGUAGAUAAUUUUGUACACUAGGUUAAUGCAAUUGUUACUCCCGUUCGUUUCAGUUUGCCCUGGUGCCCAACGGUAGUUUUGCCCCCCCCACCCCGACCUCUCGCAACUCGUCAAUGGCUGUUUACUUGCAGACCUGGGUAGGAGGGAAUCCCAUGAAACAGACCUACCUCCUGUAGCACGCACACCCGGUCCGCUGUUCUCCCCCCACACUGUGCCCUGACCGCCUCCCCCCCGAACACACACCGGCCGACUCACUCCCAAAUCAUGUAAAAAAAAAAAAAUCUGCUUUCUCGAUCUUUGAAUUGUCACCCAAGACUUCGAUCAUUUUUAUUAUUGUCAUUAAAACUGUCAUUUACUGUUAAUAUUAAUAUUAAUGAUAAUAUUGUUGUUGCUAGCGUUUUUUAUUUUAUUCAGUGGCCAAUGGAGGGGGGGGGGGGGGUAGUGUCGUGAAUGGUUGAGGCACGGCACCGCUUGCAGCACUUUUCACUCUUCCGGCUUUCUGAGGGCCUGCCAAAUACCACGCUCAUCGGGGUCUGCACGGUGGCCCGCUCCCAUGCAGCAGCACCGCCAAGUCACGCGUGGCUUAAAGUUAUUUAAUUAUUAUUUCCCCUCCCCCCUCCCUCGCCUUGAAAUUAUGAAGUUGGUCAUGGAGGGGAAAGGGGAUCCAUGGAGCUUGCCACCCCAAACUUAAUGUUGCAUUCGUUUAAACACGAUUCUAUUAACAUUCGGAAAUUUUCAUGAACAUUGAUUAGGUAUUAAGCAUGGAAGUUAUCAACGUUUUUCGUUUUCUAAUUUUAUCGUGAGCUUGAUAACGGUAACCAUUAUGAAUUUAUAUAAAUACAGUAUAUAUUUUUCGUUUUCCUUAAAAUUUCUAGACUUUUUUUGCCUGUAAGCGUUCGUGCUGUUGGUAGGUAAUGUCAUGGCUUAGAGCGCAACGCAUCCGACGCAUUAAAAUGAUCUUAUUCGAGUGAAACCAUCACUAUGUACAUAAACAGCACUACGUCCACAAUAUACCCGACCUCCUGCCUCCACCAUCAUGUGUAUGCUAUGAAAAUGUAUUCGCUCAAAGGCUUUUCUUUAUGUUCUCGAAACUAAGAGUUUUUUUUGUUUUUAAUUUUAUGUCGUUUUUGCUAAGAUUGUGUGGGUUCGCUGUGAUUUCCACUAUCGGAACAUCGGGUGCCAGAGUUGAAGGGCGCAGUGCAACAGUGUUAGUAGUAGUAGGCACCUUCGUUUGCUUAUCGGUUGUCACUUUUGAAUUAGUGCACGCUUUAAGGAUAAGCUGGCCAAACCCAAGAUUUUGCACAUGGCCUCUAGCCAAAGCACAAGGCCAGUCUCUAGUAUUUAUGCUCGUGCCUCCACCCAACCCCAUGUCUGGUGGGGAGUGAAGGGCAUAGGGUGGCCUUGGGAGAUGUAUAGGGGCCGAGGAGAUAUGGGUUAGUGGUAAAGGUCCAGGGUGCAUUGGGUUAGCAUUGAAAGCUCGGCAUUUGUGGAUAUAACCGAAGAGUUUAAUUUACAGAUCAAUUAGGCAGUCGUAAAAAUGUUCCAUUGCAGGUGUGAUGUGUUAUAAUUUGCAUCUGAUUAGAUCAAUGCUUUGUCAAGAUUAACAAUCGGCAGACUAACUUUUUUUAAUAUUUCCUAACAUUUUGUUCUGCAGGAUUUUUAAUGCAAAGGGCAGUUUGAAAGGAUAAAAUUACGUAAAUAAAAAAGCCAUGUAUCGUGUGGUGGCCGGCAUUAAAAAGCCAGUGGGUCACCACUUGAUAGAUUUUUUUUGGUGCAAAGGCUGGAGGGGUGAGGAAAGUUGGAGGGGGGGUGGCGUGCCCCGCUACCUCCCCACACGUGUGCUGCGCUUCCUGGACAGGCAGCUAUGAGAGUCAGUGGGGGGGGGGGGGGGGAGGCUUUGGUAGGGAAGACUCAUGAGAAGGCUUAUUGAGGAGUUGGAGAGCAUCGCAAAGUAUUUAAACCUCACUCCCUGAAGCACAUUUUCCUAAAUUGUAAGAACGGAAAGCAUCGGUGGUUGCCGACCCGCCGUGGUCGUUUUGGAUUGAACUUCAGAGGGGGAAUUUUUUGCAGACAUAGGCCGGGCCCCUUUUCCCCUACCCCCCAUCAUUUCAUUAUUUUCAUUUUGUUUAAAUUAUACUUGGCCAUCAUGAACGCCAGAGCAUUGGGAAGCGAGAUGUAUUAUUGUUUUCUUAAAAUAGAUUUUUUUGGAAUUUAGUGUUGCAACGCCUAGACGUCCAGAUUAGUGUCAUAUCACGAAAUCGCCCUCCAACUUGGCACCUCCGAUGAUUUUAGGAGUAUUUGUUGAUUUUGUGUGGACGUUUGUGCGUGCGUGCGAGGUGUGAGAAUUUGUCAUGAUUUUUUUUCAGUUUUUGUGGAACUGCAGUAAACACAACUCUGUGGCAUGUACAAAACGGUGGCCGUGUCUGCUCGUGCUGAAUGAGUACAUGCAUUGUGACGUAUUAUUGUCAGUGGGUGGUGGGGGGGAAAACAAAGAUGUUCUUUUGACGACGUGUUCUAUAUACACACGUGGAGGGGGGGAUGGAUUUCGAAGUGGAAAAUGAGCUUACAAGUGACACGUGGAUGGCUUGGCUUCAUGUCGAGUCUGACAUUUCGGUAACCCCCAGAACCUUAAAAUCCGAAGAGUAGUUUGCAACCCUAAAUAGUAUUUAAUGAUCACACUUUGGAACCAGAAAUGAGUGUUGCAUUGAAUAGCAAUUUAAAACUCGCCAUGCUGUCAUUUUGCAAUUCAUGUACCAAGGUGUGACCACGUGAAAGAUCAAUUCAGCUUUUGUUAUUUGAAGCAAAACUAGUGAAAUUGACAUGUUUCCUGAGUGGAUUUUUGAGAUGAGAUGUUUGGGGUGCGGUUGAGUUUUCUGUGCGAUGCACGCCUUCAGUACAGUGUAAUUUAUGAUGAUUUUUAAAAUAUUUUUGUUGUAAAGUUCCCCCCCCCCCAAUUCUCUGCACUCGCCAUGAGUAGGGUACGCAGUAUACCGUGUAUUAAUGACAUUCCCUUCCAUUUUUAGCAAAAAGCUUACGGUUAUUAUUACUGUAAUUAAGUUCAUGUUCGUUUCAUCAUUGUAACAGCCAACUAAUCACCCACCCCCUCCUCCUCUCCUUCACCCGUUUGUGUGUGAGUGUAUCUGUAUAGUGCAUGGAAAAAAAUUUGAACGAAUGUCUUUAAGAAUCUUUGUUUUACUAGGAUGAAUAUACGUGGAUAAUGGUAAAUAAAAACUAUACAAAAAAAUACAAAAAAUUAUAACAAUAAUAAGCUCGUUUUUCCGGCAAUGGAGAGAGCGAACUGAGAUUUAUUAACUUAGCCGUACAAACGUUUUGAGUUUUUUUGUUGUCCAUUCUUCUGGUGCUUUAUGCUUCGGGAGAGAAGGUGCUUUGACGCAAACGAGUGAAGCACUCCCCGCAAUGGAGCCUCCUAAUUCUCCGUCGAAUUCAAUGUCAAACCCCGGUGCCCCACCGAGUGGGAGAUGCGAGGUCGGAUCGAAUGUGGGAACACGGUAACGCAGUCUCGCAGUACACAUUGUCCGAAAUUACAAAUGUAAUCGCUAACGACAACGGUCAAACCACGCAACCGUGCUGCAACACUGGUGGGGGUUGGGGUGGUGGUGGGGAUUUGGGGCCAUCUUGCCUCGCUGAUGAGUCCCCACGAGGGCGGUGAAACAAACUGCCCGUGUAUCCCACGCUGCGCGGACCUGCUCAGAACACAUUUAAUAAUAUAACUGUCAACUGUAGUGCUGUCAUUCCUAUGAAUACUAUAUUAUUUCUAAACUAUUAAGUAUUAACGUUGGGGGGAGGGGGGGCGGGGGGGGGUUUGGGAGGAGGGUUAUUUUCUGUUGUGUUAAGCUGGAGCAGCGCGGGGACGUCUUGGCGUGCGUGGAUGUUGAGUAAUUUUAAUCUGCCGACUCCCCACCACCACGUGCGCGCCUUUGUGGCCUACAGUGUGGCCACGAAAACGAUUAAUCUUGCCGGCCUGUAGACGCGUCUCGCUCCGACGCGAGGUGCUCUCUCUUUAGUAAGAUUAAUCACGAAUACUACUACUAAUACAGCGGUAAUGAUGCCUCCUUGAGGCGUGCGGCGCUCGGGUUUGGCCGCUUGCGUCGUUCACCGCUCUCGUUUAAGAGCGGACCGCCAGACCCACGGGUUCAUAUUUGUCGUUUCACACGCAAGUCGCUCUGCGUUGAGGGGGUCCGCUUAUCGCAGUGUUUCUCCCAUUUCUACCCCGUAACCCCCCCCCCUCCCCGUGUUCCUUUCAUCACCCACAGUCACUCACCUUUCCACUCGCCCACAGCCCUGUUCCCAACCCCCCAGCCGACCACCAUUGCACCUCCACCACCUCCCCUUUCACCGUCAGCUUGGUGUUAUUUAAGACCACCGGGACCGACACGGCGCCGCGCUGAGAGCCUUGAUUGUGCAAAAGACGACUAAACUUAACCUACAGAUAUCUACAUUGUGUCUCUGAAUCUUGCACAUAGGCACGCGUGUUAUAUAUUAUACAACAAAAAAAGCCUUGGGUUAGACUCCGAUGCGGCACCGUGCCUGCUGCCCGCGCUGCACGGGACGAACGCGAGUCGGUGUUGCAUAUCAAUUGGUUGCUGCCGAGCACUCCCCACCGGCACUCGUGCAGCUGAAAGCGGAAAUCCCUCGGAACACAGGGACGCAUGCGGCCCAAUUUGUAUUUUGAGAGUGGAAGUGUGUUUCCCUGCUGCAACAGUGGGCGCUCGUUUGAGGUUUUUUUUUGAAGAUGCAAAGCACGCGUGUGCAAUGAGUGCAGGGGGGAAAAAAAACAACACUCAUUGGAUCCGAGAGCUCACGACGUAAACAAAAAAUUCCACUCGACAACGGCUGUAGCCUGGUGAGAAAAUGAUCUUGAGCGAAUUCGCGAGACGUUUCAUCGAUCUGUAGAACAAACCCCCAGAGUGCAAACACGACGAGUAAGCGACUUGUGGUGUGCAAAAAAUUGCACAAAUUUGUAGUCAGCAGAGAGACCGUGCAGCAGGGAAACACGCGCGCUCGGUAGGUCGUGCUGCGCCCGUGGGCUUCGGUGUUGGGGCUGCGUGCGCGUCGCACGCUCUCUCGAGAAAUUUGGUAACGCGAAGGCGGUCGGGGGGGGGGGGGGACUCUGCUCGAUGAGGGGGAAAGAAAAAAAAGCACCAAAGGAGCGCUGUGUGCGGGCCUGCGUCUUUCGACCCCCCUCCACUUAAUGGUUCGAUGUAUACUCAUUGCUGGUGGAGUGUGUCCUCUUCCUGUCUGAGGGUUAGGUCGACAUACAGUAAACGACGUUACUAAAAUAA